AUGGAUGAGAUUGAACUUGUAGAGAAAGUUGUAAUUGCUCCCGAGCAACCUACACCUCGCAAGAGAAUGUUCUUGUCAAACAUUGACCUGUCCCUUGUUGUUUACCAAGACUCUGCCUCCUUUUUUGAUCCUCCAAGCACCCAAAUGAGCUUUGGUGAGAUUUGUGGCAAAUUAUACAGUGCACUUGGUAAAAUGCUUGUGCAGUAUGACUUUAUGGCUGGCAGACUAGUGCCAAGUUUGGAGGAGACUCAUCGGUUUGAAAUAGACUGUAAUGGUGCUGGCAUUGUCGUAGUGGCCGCAAGAACUGACAGAAAAUUGAGUGAAUUUGGUGUGAUUUCUGCACCUAAUCCUGAGUUGAGGGAAUUGGUUGUUUUCUUGCAGGAAGAGGGUGAUCAAGAAACUGACAUGAAAGAAAGGUCCCUUGCUUCCUUACAGCUGACUCAGUUUGGCUGUGGAAGUUUGGCUCUUGCUUCUCGCUACAACCACUGCACACUGGACGGUUCCGCAAUAAGAGAUUUUGAGGUAAAUUUAGGAGCAUUAACACGCGGUGGAGACCUCAUCAUAGUACCAAAUGCGGAUAGAACACUUCUGAGAGCUCGAAACCCUCCAAAGAUAAGCCAUCCACAUUUUGAGUAUUCAAAAUCCACUGAAACACACAACUUGUUCACUAUCCAAGGCAAAAGUGGUACCAAUGCUACGCAAUCAGCGCCCCAAAAUCAAAUUCGUGUGCUUCAUUUGUCACCAGAAAAAAUAGCCAGCUUCAAAAAGAAGGCCCUGAAGGAAAACACCACCUUAAAGAACAUCACAACUUUUCAGGUUGUUGCUGCAAAAAUAUGGAAGGCAAGAAGCAUUGCAACAAAGAUGUUAGAGGAAAAAGUGUCCACAAUGCUGUUUCCAGUGGAUGUUAGGAAAAGGGUUGUUCCUGAACUCCCAAAUGGCUUUGCAGGUAAUGCGUUGGUGCCUGGUUUUGCAAGAGCAAGUGUGAGGGAUCUCAUUGAGCUAGAAGAUGCUUGCCACAUAAGGAAAGUGCAAGAAGGGGUUGAGAGGUUGGAUGAUGAGUACAUAAAGUCAGGGAUAGAUUGGUUGGAGGUGAACAAAGGGGCACCUUGUAUGGAAGAUAGUUUCUCAUUGGUGGCAUGGUGGAGACUAGGGCUAGAGGAGCAGCUUUUUGCAUGGGGGAGACUAAAGUGUGCCACCCCACUUGCAGUUAAGGCUGGUUUGGUCAUGCUAUUGCCAGGACCACAAGAUGAAGGGGGUCUUAACAUAUGCCUGGAUUUACCUGAGGAUCAAAUGCAGGAGUUUAGUAGGAUAAUGCUAGAAGUUUAA